UUCCGUCAAUUCUACAGCGAAAAGAGACUAAUCAAAUUUCUCACCGGAUUGAAUGAGGAAUUCGACGGGAUUCGACGGGACAUACUCAAGCUGGAGCCGUACCCCUCAGUCGAAGAGGCCUACGGAAUUGUGAAGAGGGAGGCGGCUCGACGGAAGAUCAUGCCACCGGCGUCCCCUUCACUCACCGGAGACCUCUCUAGCGCGGGAGAUCAUGCCACGACCGCCACCUGCCGGAGGAGCCAGCCACCAAACUGGAGCAAAGCAGGACAAGAGCAAACUUUGGUGCUCCCACUGUGGAAAAAACAAACAUACAAGGGAGAGUUGCUUUCUACGGGUGGGAUACCCAGAAUGGUGGGACGAGAGGCAGAGAGCACGAGCUCAGGCGAAGCUCGCCGCCGCCAACAUCGCGGCGACGGAACAGAGGCAAAACGCCCAAAUCACUCAGCGAGGUGGAGCGAUGAGUGACGGGAACAAGCGGGACAACACCCUCCCCCUCGAAAUCAGUGCUGGAGGUAGCGGCAGUCACAACGGCGGUGGCGGAGGUGGAGGAAUCCGCGUCGAAAAUUUCGUGGAAAGAACCGGAGCAGGGGAGGCGUCGAAUUGGGGAGGCGGCGGAUACAAUGGAGGAUAUUCGGACGAGGAAGAUCGUUGGGCGUGGCACUGAGAACCAAGGACUCUACUACGUGGAUGGGGUAGCUCAACAUGGUAGUGCAAUGCUAGCUCACGGAUCCACGAAAGAAGAGGCUUGGCUGUGGCACAGAAGGCUAGGACAUCCUUCCCCUGGUUAUUUUAAGCUUUUGUUUCCGGAUUUUACACUUCCUAAAAAUUUUUCUUGUGAGACAUGUGUUUUGGCCAAGAGCCACCGACAAUCUUUCAAACCCUCGGAUACUCGUAUGGAAUUUAUGUUUGAUCUAGUGCAUGCUGAUGUUUGGGGUCCUGCACCUGUUAUUGGGGGGAAUGGUUACAAAUAUUUUGUUACCUUUAUUGAUGAUUGUACUAGGAUGACGUGGAUUUACUUGUUAAAACACAAAUCUGA